AUGUUAUCCUAGAAUUAAAAAAUAGAAUGUCGUAUUCAUCAUUCUGAAGCAAUAGCAAUUAAUUUACACCCUAACACUGAAUAGCAAGAAAUUAUUUAGUGCAUAUAUUGUUUGAUUGGAAAUUUAUGCAGAUCGAUUAUUCCAUUAAAGGACAUUAAAAAGUUAGUUGAGAAUUUUUUAACCUUAAAAUAGUAAGAAAAUUAUGAGGUUAAUCAAAUAAAACGAUUUUAUUUGAGCAAACUAUUAGAAAAAUUGACUACAAUAAAGAAAGAGAUCAUAAAUUUAUUAGAUAAUGGAAUCAAUAUAAUAAAAGCUCAAGAAGUAGAGGAUGAAUCGAUUAAUUAAUAAGAAGAAUGGAAUAUAAGUUAAAUUGAUCAAAUCAAAUAGAUUAUUUUAGAUUAUUAGUACAGUUACAGUUAGCAGUAAAAUAAAUUAAAUGAUUUGAGGUGGAUAUAAUCUCUAUCUGAAGAGCUUCAAUAGAUUAAUAAAUUUCAAGAAAUUUAAAAUUGUAUAGACCUUUUGGGAGAUUUCAAAAAGGAGUAUUAAACUAAAAAAGAACUUUACCAAAUCGAUAAAUUAUUAUAAAAUAAAUCUGAUUAAUAAAUAUUUAGAGAUUUUUCUAAUAAUUAAACCCCGAAAUUAAAUAUACUUUGUAAAAAUCACCAAAAAGAAAUAAUAAUGAUAGAUAUGAAUUAGAAUAUAGAUAAAUCAAUGAGAUUAUGUUGUAUAGAAUGUAUGCCAGAAAAAUAUUUGUCUUUAACCUAAUGUAAAAAAAGUUGGAAUCUAAUCAAAUAAAAAGAGAGAAUAUACCUUUAAUAAUAAAUGAUUGAUAUGGAAUCUCAAUAUAAUUAAGUGAGAGAUUAGAAUAAGAAUAUAGAAUUAUAAAUUAUAGAAAAAAUAAAAGGAUUGAGAAUAUAAUUUGAAGAUUAUUUAUCAAAUAAGAAAAUAAAGAUAUUUACUAAUAUUAAUAUAGAAGAUGAAGAUUGGGUAAAUUUAACUUAGGAAGAAGUAUUAGAAAGAGCAGAAAUACUGAGUAAAACAGAAGAGUCUUAAGAUAAAAUGAUUCAAAGUGAAUAUCAGUAAAUUUGUGAUUAAGUUUUGUAAUAAUUGUAUGAAUAGUAUAAAGAGUUGAAAAUUCAAUAAUAGUAUUUAUUUGAUAAUUUAAGAUUAACACUAUGUCAUUCUUAAGAUAUGAGUAAAUCAGAAAGCUCUUCAGAGUAAAAUUGUAUUAAUUCAUUCAAAACUGGUAAAGAAUCACAAGAAUAGAUUUUUUUUAAAUCUUUCGAGAUUGGAGCUGAUAACAUUUAAAUAAAGAAUAGGGAUGAUGAGAACUUUUCAUCACCUAAAAAUAAUAAAUAUAAUGAAAAAAAAAAUGAUAAGGAGUUUAUUAAGUAUGAAGAUAAUAUUUCAUCAUAAUAUAAAAUUAUUGGUGAAUAUAAUUAAGAAUAAAAUUGUUAUGCAAUAUCUUUUAAUUUUGAUUCAACAAUAAUGAUUAGCGGAUGUUAAAAUGAUAUAAUUGUUUGGGAAUUCAAAAGUGAGAAAUUAUAGUAAAUAUAAAAUCUUUAAGGUCAUUCAAAUUAAGUAAUUUCACUUUAAUUUAGUGCUAAUAAAAAUGAAUUUGUUUCUGGUAGCACAGAUAAAACAAUUCGUUUUUGGUAAUAAACCAAUAAUCUUUGGAUAUGUUAAUAAGUGCUUCUUGGACAUAAAAGAUAAAUUGAUUGUUUAUUGAUGAGUAAUAUGGAUAAUCAAAUAUUAUCAUGUAGUUGUGAUAAAACAAUAAGAAUUUGGAGAAUAAACCAAUAGUCAUAAUGGAUCCAAAUUUAAACUCUUACAAAUCAUUCUGCUUAUGUUAGAUGUAUUAGUUUAAAUAAAUCAUAAAAUUAAUUUGUAUCAUGCGGAGAAGAUAAAAUGAUAUUAAUUUGGGAAUUCAAUAAAUCUUAGCUUUGGAAUUUAAAAUAAAGUAUCCAAAACGAUGAUUAUGGUUACAGAAUCUGUUUUAUUGGUGAUCUAAAAAUAGCUUGGCAACCAAGAAAUUAGAAUAAAACAUUAUUUUAUGAAUAUGAUACAAACAAAUAGUAAUUUGUACUUGAGAAACAUCAAAUAAUAUUGUAAGAAUCUAAUGAGGGUUACUAAAACUUCUUUCCUUCAAUUUAUAAUGAUUAAAAAGAGGUUUUAAUAAAUAAACAUGGACAAUUUGUAUACAUUUUGAAAAUGAAUAUGUAAAAUACUUUAGAGAUAACUCAAAUCAUAGAUGUAGGUCAUUAUUGUAAUUAUGGUUCAUUAACUUAAGAUGGCAAAUUUUUGGUAAUAUGGGAUGAAAAAUCAAAAUGUUUAUUAAUCAGAUAAUCAACAUUUUGA